AUUCUGUUGGUGUGGAAAGUGGAAAUUCCGCUCCACCGACAGUGCCCCAUUGAAAUCUCCAAAUGAGAAAAAUAUGGUUCAACAGAAGAUAUUCCCACGCAACUCUUUCAGCUUUCAUACCUCUCAUUACAGUUGUAUUCUUGCGGGCAUUUUUCAAAAUCUACUGUCGGCAAUUAAAGCCUUCCCCUCUCCCUAUCUCUCACGCUCAAACAACAAAUCAAGAUAAAGAAGUCACCAAAAUAAUGUUAUUGAAUAGACUUGUUGAAUAUUGUUAGAGGCCGUUGAAGGCUUGAAGGAUUAAAAGUCCUAAGUAAAGCUGCUCUUGAGCAAAGCUUCUGCCACCAUUUGAUUUGUUCUCUUUCUCUCUCUCUCUCUACUAGUUGAGUUGCAGAUCUUGAAAGCAAGAACAGUCUGCAAGUAGCCGAAGCAAUGGAGCUUGGCUUCCGAUCUCUAUUGAGAUUUGCAGCCCCCACUUUUUUGUUGCUUUCUUGUUACACCUUCACUUCAACUGAAGCAUACGAUGCACUCGAUCCAAAUGGAAACAUCACUAUCAAAUGGGACGUCAUCAAUUGGACUCCCGAUGGCUACGUGGCUGUUGUUACGAUGUUCAACUUCCAACAAUACCGCCACAUCCAAGCUCCUGGGUGGAGCCUCGGGUGGAGUUGGGCGAAAAAGGAAGUGAUAUGGAGCAUGAUGGGCGGGCAAACAACCGAACAAGGAGAUUGUUCGAGGUACAAAGGGAACAUCCCACAUUGCUGCAAGAAAGACCCCACAAUAGUGGACCUCUUGCCUGGGACUCCUUACAAUCAGCAGAUUGCAAACUGCUGCAAAGGAGGAGUCAUCAACUCCUGGGCUCAAGACCCUACAAAUGCUGCCAGCUCAUUCCAGGUCAGCGUGGGAGCUGCGGGGACCACCAACAAGACUGUGAGGCUCCCAAGGAACUUCACCCUCAAGGCUCCUGGGCCGGGCUACACGUGUGGGCCUGCUAAGAUCGUCAGGCCCACCAAGUUUGUUACACAGGAUGGGAGAAGGUUCCUAGCUCAAAAAACUCCUACAUGUUGUGUCUCAUUGUCGUCAUUUUACAAUGACACUAUCAUCCCUUGCCCGACUUGUACCUGUGGAUGCCAAAAUAACCUUACUCAGCCUGGGAGCUGUGUCAAUCCUGAUUCGCCAUAUCUUGCUUCGGUUGUUUCGGAAAGAGGGAGGAGUAAUAAUCUGGCGCCUCUAGUCCAGUGCACCACUCACAUGUGCCCCAUUCGGGUACACUGGCACGUGAAGGUCAACUACAAGGAGUACUGGCGUGUUAAGGUCUCAAUAACCAACUUUAAUUACAGGAUGAAUUAUACGCAGUGGAACUUGGUCGUCCAGCAUCCCAACUUUGACAAUUUGACUGAGAUUUUCAGCUUCAAUUACAAGCCUCUCAAUCCUUACCAAAAUAUAAAUGAUACUGCAAUGCUAUGGGGCGUCAAAUUCUACAACGACUUGCUCACGCAAGCAGGCCCACUAGGAAACGUGCAGUCGGAGCUUCUUUUCCGAAAGGACAAAAACACAUUCACUUUCGAAAAGGGUUGGGGUUUCCCCAGAAGAAUUUAUUUCAAUGGUGACAAUUGUGUCAUGCCGCCUCCCGACGCUUAUCCAUAUCUGCCAAACGCGACUUUGCGCCAAAGUGUCUCGUUUUUAUUGCUACUCAUCUCUCUCUUAUCGUCUUUCCAUUUCGCGUGCUUUUAAGAAUUUCGGCCCUUGCUUUGAAACGGAGGGUUCUCGUUUUGUGGCAUUGGCUAGUGGAAUGAAAGAGCUAAUUGAAAGAAUUUGUCAUAUAUGUGGUGCAGGAGUUUGGCAAGAACUUUGUGGGGAUGUUAAAACUUUCUUGCUUACUGUAAUUUUGGUUGGAUUCAGUGGCAUUUUUUUAGUUUUGUAGUUGGAAUGUACGACUUGUAUUGUUUAUAUAGUAUUUAUUACAGGAAUUUUAUUUCGAAUAAGAACAGUUUGAUAUAUACAGCUGAUUGUAAAAUAUUUUAAAUUAUUUUUUCUCAUUGCUAUAUUAUUAUUAUCUGUUUGUAUUUUUUUUU